GAGACGUUCAACAAUAGGCCUAAAAAAAUCAUCUGAAAAGGGCCUUUUCUUUGAACAGAUCAAGAUUCUCGGAUUCGUCUCGAACGAUCCACAAAAUAAAUAUUCUCCAAAAAUCGUGAGAAAUCUUCAAACUGAAAACGACUCCAACGCUAAUGGCGGUUUCCAUCUUCAAAUUCCACAUUCUUCGCCCACACACCACAAGCAAUGCCAUCUUCACCUCCAGACGAUUCCGCCAGCUGUCUCUUCUUCUUCGCCCUCUCCAUUCUCUUCCUCAUCCUCCUCCGAUUCUCCGUCAUCCCAUUCCUCCUCCUCCUCCUCCUCUCCUCCGACGUCGUUUUCACCCUCCUCCCCCUCCUAUGUCCGCAGUGAAUUCCUCCCCCGCCGCCGAUAAAACCGUGAAGGUGGUGGUGAAGGGGAGGGUGCAGGGGGUGUUCUACCGGAACUGGACGGUGGAAAAUGCGAGGGAAUUGGGGCUGAAGGGGUGGGUGCGGAACCGGAGGGACGGGGCGGUGGAGGCCGUCUUCUCCGGUAGCGCGGAUAAGGUCGAGGAGAUGGAGCAGCGGUGCAGGAGAGGGCCGCCCGAUGCGAUGGUCACCGGAUUCCAUGUCUCUCCCUGCAGUGAUGAUCCGGGAGCGACGUUCGAGCGCAGACCAACUGUUUGAUGAAAUACUUCUUUCAUUCAUGAAAUAAUAUCAUGUUUGAUGAAAUACUUCUUUCAUUCAUGAAAUAAUAUCAUGUUUUAUCA